ACGAGCGUUAAUUUUCGAUUUUUAGAUUCGUUCAGAUUUAUGGCUAGUAGUUUGGAUAAGUUAAGUUGUUAUUUAGACCCUAGCGAAAAAAACAUUACUAGAAGCUUUUGCGAAAAUCUCGAAGAAUUUCAGUUGUUACAGAAAAAGGGAGUCUUUCCGUAUGAAUAUCUAGAUGAUUGGGAAAAAUUGAACGACGUCGAAUUGCCCCCGAUUGAAAAUUUCUAUAGUAAACUUAGAAAAUCCGGUAUUACGAUAAAAGAUUACGAGCAUGCCAAAAAUAUUUGGACAACAUUCAAAAUUCAAAAUUUACGCGAAUAUAUGGAAUUGUAUUUGAAAACAGACGUACUAUUAUUGACGGACGUUUUCGAAAAUUUCAGAAAUGUAUGUCAAAAAACGUAUGGCUUGGAAUGUUUGAAAUAUUACACGGCACCGGGUCUGGCAUACGAUGCAUGUCUUCUCAUUUCAAAUGUUCAACUAGAAUUAAUUACGGACAUCGAUCAAUUAAUGAUGAUCGAAAAAGGAAUACGCGGUGGAAUUUCACAAUGCAGUAACCGAUACGGUAAGGCUAACAAUAAAUACAUGGAAAACGAUUAUAAUCCAGACAUUCCUUCAUCAUAUUUAAUGUAUUUCGAUGUAAAUAACCUAUAUGGAACGGCAAUGAGACUACCACUACCGACGGGUGGGUUCCAAUGGAUCGAUAAUAACGCAUUUUAUUCUAUCAUAAACACGUCGGACGAUUCUGACGUUGGGUAUCUUCUUGAAGUAGAUAUAGAAUAUCCUACAAUACUUCACGAUAUCCACAAAGAUCUACCUCUAUGUCCGGAACGUUUGAUUCCACCAACGGGUCAAACAAAACAGCCGAAAUUAUUGACAACAUUGUUUGAUAAAAAAAACUACGUAAUACAUUAUAAAAAUCUCAAACAGGCUCUUCAGUUAGGUUUACGUGUUACAAAAAUUCAUAAAAUAUUACAAUUUAACCAAUCUCCGUGGUUGAAAACCUACAUUGACCUAAACACACACUUGAGGCAGCAAAGCAAAAACGAAUUCGAAAAAAUUUUUUUUAAAUUAAUGAAUAAUGCCGUUUUCGGCAAGACUAUGGAAAACGUUCGGAAAUAUAAAGACGUUAAACUGGUAACAAGUUGGUCGGGACGAUACGGUGCAAAGAGUUAUAUUUCAAAACCAAAUUUUCAUAGCUUAACAAUUUUCGACAAUGACAUGGUUAUCAUUGAAAUGAAGACAUUGAAUAUUAAAUUUAAUAAACCCAUUUACGCUGGUUUUAGUAUUUUAGAAAUUUCAAAAACAUUUUUAUACGAUUUUCAUUAUCAUUAUAUUAUACCAAAAUUCGGCAAGGAUGUAAAACUCUUGUAUUCAGAUACAGAUUCGUUAAUAUAUAAUUUUUACGUUGACGAUAUUUAUAAAUGUAUUCGAGAAGAUAUUCAUAAAUUUGACACUUCUGAUUAUCCUCCCGAUAACAUUUAUAAUAUUCCUUUGGCUAAUAAAAAAGUUUUGGGAUUGAUGAAAGACGAAAACAACGGUAGAAUUAUGCACGAAUUUAUCGGAUUAAAAUCUAAAAUGUACGCGAUCAAAUUAUAUUAUUCAAAUGUAGAACGAGAAAAAUCUUCUAACAAAAAAGAAGGCGAAACUAUUAAAAAAGCCAAAGGUAUUACCGGUUCGUCAUUAAAAACAAUCACUUUUGAAGACUAUUAUAAUUGUCUGUUUGAUAAAACUCAAAUGUAUACCAACGAACAUCUGUUUCGUAGUAAAAACCAUGAAGUUUUUACGGUAAACCAAAGGAAAAUUGUUUUAACACCGUUCGAUGAUAAGAGAGUGGUUAAUUAUAUAUUAACUGAUACAUUGCCUUGGGGAUAUAAAACAAAUUAAAUUUUAUGUUAAAAAAAUAUUCACUUGUUUUAAUUAAUACAAUUUCAUAAGCAGCAAAAACUCACUUGUUUUAUCAUUUUUGUUUUAAUUAAUUCAAUUUCAUAAGCAGCAAAACUCAACAAUUUUAAAUAAGACAUUAUUAAAAGCAUUCUAACGUCGAGUCACUGAAAAUUUGCGUUAAAGUGUUUAGUCAAGUACGAAGCAGCAGCAGCCAUGAAUAGUGAUCGUUACGUAACAACAACAACCGAAAAAAAAGUGAAACAAGAUGUUUCGGAAAACUCCAAAGUCUACUACUAUAACGGUACCAAGUACUGUAAUAGCUGUAACAAAUCUUUUUGCUUUUGUGAAGAAUCCAUUAAAAAUCAUCCAAUAUGUAAUAUAAAAUAUUGUUCGCAAUCAACAAAUCGUUCGAACAAUAUAAGUUUAUAUUGCGACGAAGU